CUGGCAGCACUGUUGGACAGUUAGCUUCGAGGUGUAAGCCUGGCCCCUCUCUGGGUUUGAGGCUGGGCAGAUUUGAAUGUGGUGUAAUUUAAAGACACAGAACAUGUAUGUGUGGUGUUGUUUAGUUAGAGGUGAGUAAAAUGUGUGUCUGGCUCAUAAACGGUGUUUCCUGAGCAGAGGUGUGAACUUUGAGCUCUCCGUGCUGAGGUCUGUCACCUGCUGUUGCGUGACGGAGGACAGCGAUGACGGAGCACCUUCUGAAAAUUCUCAUUGUCGGUGAUGGAAACGUCGGCAAGUCUUCCUUUGUUCAUCGCUACGUCAGCGGACAGUUCAACAAGACCUACAAGAUGACGGUGGGAGUGGAUUUCUCCGUUAAGCUGCUGCACUGGUCGGAUAAAGAGAAAGUCCGACUGCAACUCUGGGACAUCGCAGGCCAAGAGCGUUUCAUAUCCAUGACCAGGAUCUACUAUAAAGGGGCGCUGGGCUGUGUGGUGAUGUUUGAUGUCACCAGUUCCUCCAGUUUCUCCAGCUGUCGCCACUGGAAAGAGGACCUGGACAAUAAGGCCAUGCUGCCCAACGGAGACUCCAUCCCCUGCAUCCUAGUUGCUAACAAGUGCGACCUCGCUCACAGGGCUGUCUCUGCAGACACCAUCGACAAGUUCAGCAAAGCCCACGGCUUCAUUACAUGGAUGGAGACUUCAGUCAAAGACAACAAGAACGUUGGAGAAGCCACGAGGAUGCUGGUGCAGGAGAUUCUGUCGGUUCAGUCCACCAUGGACCCGAUUCACAGACCUGAAGUCCGAGUUUAUCCUCACCCGGACUCAGAGUUCAACAGAAGCUCAGGAGGAGAACGAGGCUGCUGCUGAAACCACGAGCAUCACUCGGAGCACAGCAGGAAGUACUCUUCAUGUGCACGUGAAGUGUAGGACUGUGAACUGUCUCGGAGCUGAUUCUGGCUCUCCCACCUUUAAUAGUUUCAUUUUGAGUUAAAGGUGUAAAUUAAACCAAGUUCAAAUAAAGAUCCGGGCCUCGCCUAAAGCGAGAAGCAACACUAAGGACAAACACGGGUAUAUGUUUCACUGCUGUGAUCAGAAACAGGUGAGACACGUUAAAGGUCCGAUGACGUGACGCCGAGUGGGGAGCACAGGAAAGGUGCUGGAGACAAUGGUGAACAGGAAAAGCUUUUCAAACACACAGCACAUGACCUUAGCGUGUUUAGCGGUUUGUACGCUGCACCCUGAUGAGAACAAACCAGCCUCACACAGCAGAAACACAGUCGAGGCUUCUGCCACAACUUCACCUACAUCCAAGGUGCCCAGAGAAGGAAACUAAGAGAUUGAA